AUGCCAGUCGCGUCUUCGAUAAAGCGCGCGAUUAUGACUACUCCACCGACCGAGAGUCGCAAGGUGCUCGAAGGUAUCUUCGCAAUCAACAAGCCGCAAUGGGCCUCCUCCGCCGGCGUCUUGCGCGACCUCCAAGAUCACUUCUCUCGCUCGCCGCUCUUCGCACCCUGGCUCGAAGCCCAAAAGCGCUCCCUCAUCAUCGCGGACGCUAAGCCCAAACACCUCAAGAAUGUCAAAGCGAAACUCGGCCAUGGUGGUACCCUCGAUCCAAUGGCUACUGGCGUCUUGAUUGUCGGCAUGGGCAAGGGCACGAAAUGCUUACAACGCUUCCUCGAGUGCACGAAGACAUACGAAUGCGUGGUAUUAUUCGGCGCGGCGACAGACAGCUACGAUGCUGUAGGCAAGGUUGUCGGGAAGGCGGAGUACGAGCAUGUCACAAGGGAAUUGGUAGAGGAGAAGCUAGCGCAGUUUCGCGGCAAGAUCUUGCAGAAGCCGAGCGUUUUCUCUGCACUCAAGGUGGAUGGCAAGAAGAUGUACGAAUAUGCUAGAGAGGGCAAGGACAUACCAGAGGUAGCAGCGCGGCCGGUCGAAGUAGAAGAGCUGGAGCUUGUCGAGUGGCUGGAACCCGGAAGCCAUGACUUUGCCUGGCCAAAGGAGGAAGUGGAUGGUGCUGAGAUGGAGGGCGCAAAGAAGCUGAUGGGUAUCCGGAAAGAAGACGCGAAAGUCUACUCCGACACAGCGGCAAGAAGAGGGCGCAAGCGAUCGAGAUCACCGGAAAACGACCACGUUGAAGGCGCAGGGCAGCAGCCGAAGAUACCUAAGACGGAUUCCGAGCCUGCCAUGUCCGGUGCUUUACCAGCAGAGGUAGCGCCCACCGAGGAAACCUCCGCGGAGAACGUCACAGAUGCCAGUGUCGAAGCAUCAUUGCCAACAGAAGAGAAGCCGGUAGUCUCGAUGGAAGAAGCACAAGUACCAGAAGACACCUCAACACUCACCCAAAAUAACCCCGCUGAACCUGCCGACGCUGCCGCAACAUCAGCUACAUCUGCGCCCACCCCGCAGCCACCGGCAGCCCGUCUUCGCAUGACAGUAACAUCUGGCUUCUACGUACGCUCUCUUUGCCACGAUCUCGGUCUAGCCUGUAACUCGCUCGGCCUCAUGUCGUCUCUCAUCCGCUCUCGCCAAGGCGACUACACGCUCGGCCAGAACGUCCUAGAAUACACGGAUCUGGAAGACCAAUCGAAGUGGGAGCCCCAACUUCAGAAGCAGCUAGAAGAGUUCAUGGAGAAGGAGGGUUGGCCAAUUGAGGAACUGGACGACGACGAGAGCUGGGAGGGGAGGAAAAAGGAUCUGAUGGAGCAGAGGAAAGACAAUGACCGGGAGAAGAGCUACAAGGGUGGUGGUAAGAAGUGGAACUCGAAGGGUAAGGGGAAGUAUGGACGGAAUGGGUACUCAAAAAACAUGGACGGUGGACGGAAAUGA